AUGGCUUCGCGUCUUGCUAAGAGCGCAAUCGGCGCCGCCCGGCUGCGGCCGACCGUUACCGUCCGUGUCCCUGCCGUCACUGCCCUGACUUCGACCCGCGCGGCCUCCAGCGUGCCUUCCGAGGAGCCUGCUAAGAAGGCUCAGUCGAUCCUCGACGCUGUUCCCGGCAACUCUCUGGUGUCCAAGACUGCCACCCUGUCCGCCGCCGCCGGUCUGUCCAUCGCCGCCAUCAGCAACGAGCUCUAUGUGAUGAACGAGGAGACUGUCGCCGCCUUCUGUCUUCUCUCCGUCUUCACUGCCGUUGCCAAGUACGGUGGCCCUGCCUACAGCGAGUGGGCUAAGGGUCAGGUCCAGAAGCACAAGGACAUCCUGAACGCUGCCCGUGCCGACCACACCAAUGCCGUCCAGCAACGCAUUAACAACGUGAAGGAGAUGUCCGGCGUUGUCGAGGUCACCAAGCAGCUGUUUGCUGUCUCCAAGGAGACCGCCCAGCUUGAGGCUCAGGCCUACGAGCUCGAGCAGCGCACCGCUCUCGCUGCUGAGGCCAAGACUGUCCUUGACUCCUGGGUCCGCUAUGAGGGCCAGGUUAAGCAGCGCCAGCAGCGUGAGCUUGCCGAGUCCAUUAUCGCCAAGAUCCAGAAGGAGCUCGAGAACCCCAAGGUUCUGCAGCAGAUCCUCCAGCAGAGCGUUGCCGAUGUUGAGCGCAUCAUGACGUCCAAGGCCUAA